CUGACUGUCAGCACCCAGAGUCUGAGGAACCUCCAGAAAGCAACACUUUCCCACUUGGACAAGAAAGAACCUAAAGGAAGAAUGUCACACAGCUGGGGUUAUGACUCUAGUGAUGGUCCUGCCAAAUGGGCUGAGCACUACCCCAUCGCUAACGGACCACGGCAGUCUCCCGUUAACAUCAUCCCGAGCCAAACCCAGUUCGACUCGUCUCUCAAGCCACUCAAGCUUCAGUACGACCCGUCCACGUCCAAAGACAUCAUGAACAAUGGCCAUACGUUCCAAGUCAACUUCCUGGACGAGAGCGACAGCGCAAUUCUGACCGGUGGGCCCAUCACUGGCACCUACAGGCUGAAGCAGUUCCACUUCCACUGGGGCGAGAGUGACGACAAAGGGUCCGAGCACACGGUCGAUGGCGUUAAGUACCCCUGUGAGCUCCAUCUGGUGCACUGGAACACCAAGUACCCAAACUUUGGUGAGGCCGUGAACAAACCCGAUGGCUUGGCGGUUGUUGGAGUUUUUCUGAAGAUUGGUUCUGCCAAUCCCCGGCUGCAGAAAGUUCUCGAUUCCUUUGAUUCCAUCAAAGCAAAGGGUCAGCAAACCACAUUUUUGAACUUUGACCCCAAGAACCUAUUGCCUGCCUCUCUGAAUUUCUGGACUUACGAAGGUUCUCUCACCACACCACCUCUGUAUGAGAGCGUCACCUGGAUCGUCCUGAAAGAGCCGAUUAGCGUGAGCUCUGCUCAGAUGGCGAAAUUCCGCAGUCUGUUGUUCAGCUCAGCGGGAGAGCAACCUCGCUGUAUGUGCAAUAACUACAGACCCCCUCAGCCCAUAAAGGGACGCAAAGUGCGCUCCAACUUUAAGUAAACUGCAGAACGCACCUCUGACCCCGCCCACUGAACGCAUCUCAGCCAAUCGUAAUGCUUAUUUUCCUCAGAACUCUGCAAAUCAAUUCUAAGUUAAUUCUAAGUUAAUUUGAAUAAUUGACUCAAAUUAAACAAAUGCUUUUGGGUUGGUUCAGAUGAAUCUGGUUCAGAUGAAUCUGAAGAUAACACAAAGUCUAAAAAUUUUUUUUUUUUUAAAUGCUAUGAAUCAGUUGGUUCAUUUGUUUAAAUUGACUCAUUUGUGAACUCACAGUUGAUUUGGUUAAAUUGAACCAGUUGCCAUAGUACAAAAGACUAUUAAAUGCUGUGAAUCAUUUGAA